UUUAUCCUCAUAACCUUAAAUAUUCGUUUUGGUUAUAUUACUGUUAUUAUUAAUGCUAAGAACAUUGAUUUGUAUAAUUCAUUAUUACAUGUAUGCUGUUAGUUGGUUUUUACUCAUUGGAUAGUCUUUUUUACUCUAGUUAGGUUGUACCAGAUUUCCCUAAGGAGUGAAUAAAAAGGUACUUAUUGAGGAUUACUGUUUGGUAAUGUUAACAUUUCUUUGGAAAUUUACUGGGUAUUCACAAUACCUUAAAAAAUUUGGAACUGCCUUAAAACCAGUCUUUGAUAAUACCCGUAUUGUAACAAUGAUGGCAUACCCUAGAGGACCUGGAGGGCCUCCAACAAGAAGAUCAUAUCAUGAUGAUUACAACUAUGAAUAUGACUGUCAGAGAGGUCCUAUGCAACAACCUUUCAUGCCCGGGAGGUGGCCGCAGGGUCCUGUCCAUCCUGCCAUGAACAUUGAUGUGGAGAAACCGGUAGAUGCUAACUGCGGAGAGCUGAGAUUGAGGGAUAGAGGUAUCACUGUUCACAUGACUGGCCGUGUUCAGUACCAACGCCUCAAUCGGUUCAUCUGUCUCAGAGACUCCCAUGGCACCACACAGUUGGUUGCAUUGGAAGAGAGAUUGGACUUAAUUAAACGUAUUCGCAACAUUCCGCUAGACUCUCACAUUGAGAUUAUCGGGCUGGUAGAAAGAAGGCCAGCCAACACUAUCAACACAACAAUGGCAACUGGUGAAAUAGAAGUUAUAAUAAAUGAAAUAUUGGACGUUGCAGCUCCCAAGCGCAAACUUUAUGAGCCCAGUGGGGAAGAAGUGGCCGGGAGAACAGGGAAGAAGGCUCGCUCCUCUAUUCUAAUUACAAGUGGAGAAAUUGCUCAUUGCGGCACUGAAGCCGUGCGGAGGAGGUUCCUACAGAGAUCUCACAACUGUGGUGAGCUUAAUGAGUCCAAGGUCAACAUGGAUGUAACACUCUGUGGCUGGAUCGAGAGCAAACGUAACGAACGAUUUGUCGUUCUGCGAGACGGCUAUGGUGCUGCUCAACUGGUCAUCAAUCCUAUUGACUUUGCGGUGUCAAGAGUGGUGCAGAAUGCUGAACCCAACACACUUCUGACAGUCAGAGGCCGAGUCAGCAUGAGACCCUCCCACCAGAGGAACACUAGAAUGGCCACAGGGAAUAUUGAAGUUAAAGUUUCUUCAGUAGAAAUAAUUGAUCCAAAUGAACCGGUCACAGACGAUAUGCUCGAUGUUUCAAGCAAUAAAAUGGAGCUCCAAGAACCUCAGUCGAAUCUGUCAUCUGGGGAUGUGAACAGCUACUGUGAGCGCACACACACAUGUGGCCAGCUACGUGGCAGUGACGUGGGGAAAGACGUAGUGCUGUGUGGUUGGCUGGCUUCUCAACGGACCAACCGAUUUGCGACGAUCAGGGAUGGUCAUGGCACUACCCAGUUACUGAUACCCACAACGCUGGAACCAACUCUAGGCAAGAUUCUGGAACAGACGACCUUGGAGAGUGUCAUCAAAGUGACAGGCACAGUAUGUGCUAGGCCACCGGAGCAAGUGACCGAUAAAUUGGCUACUGGAGAAGUAGAAGUUGUAUUGAAAGAUUUUAUUCUGCUGAAUCCUGCCAAGAAAGAAAUGCCCUUUCUUGUUCGUGAACAUAACAGGCCCAAAGAACCCCUGCGAAUGAAGUAUCGCUACAUUGACUUGCGAUUCAGUGAUAUGCAGUACAGACUGAGGUUGAGGUCUAGGGUCCUGAUGAAGAUGAGAGAGUUUCUGAUCAACCAAAGAGGCUUCACUGAGGUGGAGACUCCAACUCUGUUCCGUCGGACUCCUGGUGGAGCCCAAGAGUAUAUUGUGCCCACUAGGACCGAGGACAGAUUCUACUCUCUGGUGCAAAGUCCUCAGCAGCUGAAGCAGUUGUUAAUGGUGGGUGCCAUGGACCGCUACUUCCAGGUAGCCAGGUGUUACCGGGAUGAAGGUGCCAGACCUGAUAGACAGCCAGAGUUCACUCAGAUGGAUAUAGAGUUGUCAUUCACGGACAGAGAUAGCAUUCUUUCUCUGGUAGAAGAGUUGCUGAAGGCAAGUUGGCCUGAGGAGCUGAAGACCUUGCACACUCCGUUCCCUGUGCUCACGUACCAUGAUGCCAUGCACUCCUAUGGUUCAGACAAACCUGACCUAAGCUUCGACAAGAAGCUAACUGACAUUAAUGGACUGAUAAGUGGCGACAAGAAGAUGCCACUUCCACAAAACCCACAGGACGUUGGAAAUUUCACCGCUAAAGCAUUGGUCAUUGGCUCAAAUGAUAAUGUAAGUAAGCUUAACUCAUCAUUCAAAGAGUGCGAAGAACUGCUGAAGUCAAAGAGUAAAGCAAAGUUAUUCAUGGUGAAGUGUGGAGCUAACAACUGGAGACAAGCGAUGGAAGCUUCUCUGACAUUUGUGAAUGUUGACCAGCUGAAAGACCUGCUGGACCUCUCAAUGCCUUGCACAGUUGUUGUUGGUAUUGGCAAAGACACUGAAGUUUUGCCAUUGAUGGGAAAACUGAGGCAAGACGUGUUCUCGAAUCCAACAUCAAACUUUCACUUUGCUUGGAUUGUUGACUUUCCCUUGUUCCUGGAGGGAGAGGACGGCAGCUUGGAAUCUGCUCAUCAUCCUUUUACCUCAGCACACCCACAGGACGUUCACUUACUGAACACAAACCCUCUCAAGGUGAGGGGUCUGCACUUUGACUUGGUUCUGAACGGAUUUGAAGUGGGGGGUGGGUCCAUUCGUAUUCAUAAUCCAGAGGUACAGUUCAGAGUGCUCAACGAUAUCCUGAAACUUCCUAUUAACUCAUUGGAACACCUCCUGGAGGCCUUGGCUUCAGGAGCUCCUCCCCACGGAGGAAUUGCUCUUGGUAUGGAUCGUCUACUAUCGAUAAUGGUAGGAGCAGAGUCUAUCAGAGAUGUGAUAGCGUUCCCCAAGGGUGUGGAUGGCAAGGACCCCCUCUGUGGGGCACCAUGCUCCAUACCUGACUUUGAGAAACGGCUCUACCACCUGAUACCCAGGAAAGAUUGAGUGUAACAUUGCACUUAUUUAUCGCUUCUGUACAGAGUUACCUAGUGAGUGUGUAAAAAGUGAAUUCUGAGUGAGACUGGACCUGAUAGAAACUAAAUAGCUUACACACAAAUGGAAUAUUAAUAGCUUUAUAGUGUAAGAAACAGUAUUUAUGAAAUGGCUACUGUACAAUUUAAGGAUAUAAAAUAUCUUUAUUAGAAGAUUAAAUUCUUAUAGUGAUAAGUUUUUAUAAACUGUAGAAAUUGUACGAUUGAUGCAAAUAGUUAUAGUGAAUUUUUUAAACUCACUAGUAUGAUGAAUAUCUAAACUGCAAGAGAACUUUUUCAGGCCAUCCUUGUUUCUUCAAUUACUACCGAGAUAAUCUGUCAGUGUAUGGAAGUGAUGAUAUUUAAUUUGUCUCAUGUUUACUUCUUACCAAUGAUAAGUUAUCUAAACAGUGUACUUUUGUUUCAUUUUAUGUUUGAUAUUAUUUUCUUAUCCAAAUAUUUCCAUCAUUUAUGUUUCAUUCAACAUUUGUAAUAUACACAUACUCCUAUUGCUGUAGCAAGCGAUCAAUUACUUGAGUUAAUUAAGAAGUGAGAUAAGCCAGGAGGCGACUUGUAUAGUUCACCAAGCAUAGUACAUAGGAUUUACUAAUAAAGUAUUUUUCAUUACAA